CUAAUCAGCAGUCAGGGCUCCAGCCUGCUCCUCGCGCUGUGUUAGCAGGGCAGGGUCACCCCGCUGGCCGUGCGUUCAGCAUCCCCUCGGCGCCCAGGAUGAGGGGCUGCGUGGUGUCCCCAUGCAGUUGGCAGCGCUGGGGGGUCUGUGCCCCUAUGGGCUGUGGGACCCCCAGCUGGUGGCUCCUGCUGCGUUUCCUGAGGAGCGGGGCAGCUGCGUGGACGUGCGGCGAUGGCAGCGCGUGCCGGAUUGAAUCACCCGGCUGGCUUCAGUACUCAGCAGCCCCACCCUGGUUAACCGCCUCCGGCCCGGCUGCGCGCAUCCCCAGGGCCAUGCUGUGGCCUUGCCGCUCGCUGACCUCAGGCGGGUGCUGCGUGCCGCCCUUCCCUGUGUAACAGGGCCGCAAUGCUCCUUGAGCAGCUGGGCAGACGGCGCCGGUCCGCGUUGUGCAGCGAUGUCCUCGCGGUGCCGCGCAGUGCGGGUGCAAAGCUCGGCAGUGCCGGGCGCUGUGUGAAGCUGCGGGCUCGGCCCAACCUGGCAGCGUUUCCAGACAUCGAGCUGGGAGCUGUGGGAUGGGGAAGAGGAGCACUUAAGCAGGUCGCUGUGGGCUCUGGCUGCUGGUGCCGUGCUCUUGUCUCUGUGUCUGCGUGGUGCUGAGUUCUGCAGCAGCCGUGGCUCUCCGUCGCCCUCCGUUUGCGUGGUUGUGGCUGCUGGGCGUGGAGCGCAGCUGCGGGUCGGGGCUGACUCCUGCUCCCGACCUUGGUGUCAUCCAAGUCUGGAUUGCUCAGCACUGAGACCGCGGGAACCGCAGGAUGAAAGCAAUUCCAUUUUGGAUCAGCCCGGUGUUCCAUCUGAUUGGAAAUGCCAGCUCUGGCUGCUCACGCUGCUGGGCUGGGGAGAGCAGGGAUGCCAUCAUCCCCACGGGCAGAUCUGAGCAGGGGAAUAGCAGGAGCAGCCCCCAUGGAGGAUGGAACCCUCUCCUGCUGGAUGCUUCCAGUCCCAGCACAGCCUGGAGGAGCGGCUGCAGCAUCCGUGAGCACUUGGAUGAUGACCACGGGCGCUUCCACUGCCGCAUCCCACUCCAACCCGCAUUGGAGGCUGGAAGAUGGAAAAAGGAGCAGAAAUGGGUGAGCUGGAGGAGUGCACCCAGCCUGCUGCAGCCCUCGCUCAGGUCGUUCUGCCCUUCUGCAGCCGCUGCACUUCUGUGGUGCCCGCGGUGGCAGAGCUCCCCAGGGUGCGCAUCUCCCUGCUAUCGUGGUGGCUCUGGAGGCCGGGAGUGUUGUCAGCCCUUGGGGUGUUGGCUUGGGAGGACCCACGGAACCAAGGGCCCUCAGCUCCUGCAGCCUGCCCCGCGGCGCCGUGCGGCCGCUUUUCCCACUGUCUGCAGGAGGUGUUUUGGUUGGGAGCAAGGAAGCUGAAGGCUUUCCUCUGCGAGCAGUGCUUGCAGACCCACGGGGUGCUGGCAGCCCCUUCACCCUCAGCAGCUCUGUGUGCUCCGUGCUGCAGCCGGGCGGUGCGAGCAGGCUGCUGCUGCGUGGCGGUGCGCUGGGGUGUUAGCCCAGUUUUUGGCUAUGGCUUUAUAUGGGCCUCACAUCGCUCGUGAUUCCCUGGCGAAGUGAAGGAAUUGAUGUUCCAGAAGCGCUACAUGAGCGUUGGCUUCUCGUGUUUGAUGCCAGCUUCGUGCAGCAGCAGCAGAUUUCCUGAGUGCUGGGGUUAAGAACGCAGCUUUGAACACACGCGGCUGCUGCGCAGUGGGGCUGAGCUGUGGGGCUGUGUGCGCUGCUCUGAUAGCAGCUCGGUGCCUCGCUCCCCGCGUCCCCAUCUCCGCUGUCACGCGGCAGCACCAUCACCGUGUGCUGUAAACGUGGGGACUGUGUCGUGGAAGGAGAUCGUGGGGAGGUGCCCCACACCUCGCGCUGCCCGCUGCAUCCGCGCGGUCACGAAUUUGUUCGAUCUGCAGAAGGCAGAGAGUGACACUUCAGAAAAUGUGAACAACAGGAAUCUGCCGGCCGGGCCCGGAGCCGCCGUGCCGAACAAAGAGAGGUGUGUCCUCAACCACAGCUAUUCCACCUGGAGACAACUGCAGGAAUUGCUCUCGCAAAUAACGUUCCAUAAGAGCCGAUAAAACUAUUCUGCCGGAGUCGUGUUUCCUUUUAGAAGGAAGGUUUUAUUUCAUAAGACAAUAUCAUCAUUGACUUCGUCUCCAGCGCCGGGGGGAACGCAGGCCAGCGGAAGGCAAGGAGCUGGGCAGGGAUGAAGCGAAAAAUCCUUCACCUGCCAAAGGAGCAGGGCCCCGUGUCCCUGCGGUGAGCGGCGGUGCCCCGGGGCGAGGAGCCCGGUGCCUCGCGCUGCUGCGGGCUGUGGCAGCAGCCUGAGCUGUGCAGUGCUGGCAGCCCGGGCUCCGGCUGCAACAGGAACUAAUGCGAAACCCUCCUGGUUAUGUAUUGCUGUUAAUGAUUGGGGAUCUCAAGCGGGGGUUUUGUGUCACCUUUGCCUCUCUGAGCUUUGCUUCCCCAUUAAGGGAACAAGGGCUGAAUUCCUUUCUCAUUCAGGCAGCGCGGCUCCCACUCUGUUUGCUCGGGGAUUGGGUCAGCGCGGGGACUGAUCCUUCCCUGUGGGGCACGGAGGGGUCCCUGCCCCCCGGGACGUGGGCAGGGUGAGCAUGUGACUGCGCCAGGAUUGGUUGUGCUCGGAGCAGUCGUGCAGCGAUGAUGAGAUCUGUACCUCGUUAUCCGCCUCCCUGCCCCUCCACCCUGCUCCUUGCUGGUGGAGCUGGCUCUGACCUUGGCUCCUGCUCCCUGCAGGAGCCCCCGGAGCACCGUGGUGGUUCAGUGGGAGUUGGGUGCUGGAGCAACAGGGAAGUGUCUGCCUGUAUCUGGGGCAGUGCUGCAGGCUCCAGCCCCCUCUUUUUGCAGGGAAGAGGAGUGAAAAUGCUUCACUUCAAGAAGUGUUUGGUGAAGCUGUGUCAUGGCAGAGAGAGGAAGCAUGCAGCGCAGGGGUCUGCGUGUCUGCUUUGAAGCUGCACGCCAGGAUGUGGGGUGCAGGAUGCAGCCCUGCAGUGGAGUCACCCUGCAUUGCUGAGCAGGGCGCUCUGACUCUUGCUCAUGUGCCCGUGUCCUGAAUUAUUCCUGGGGAUGCACGGUGCUGUGAGCAGGGUGCUGCUGCAAAGGGCCGUGCUGAUGCUGCACCUGGGGGGUCAGGCUCCGUCCGCAGCGCGCGGUGCCCUCUGCCCCACUGAGCGCCGGUGGGAACCCGAGCGGCGUUAAUUCCAUGGCAGGGGAGGAGGCUGAAGUCCAAAGGUGAACUCUUUGUGGAUCACCUCGGGAGGUCGGCACCGAGCGUCCGGUUGAUAAUUUUUUACAUCACCUCUUUAGUCAUAGUGCUGAGCCUUCACCACAAACCCAUCCUUCCUAUUUAUCCGAGCCUUCACUGAAUCACCAAAGGAACAUAAACACUGCCGGUAGGAAUUGCCCACCCUCUGACCAGCUGACCCCUCCCUGCCCUCAGAGCGUUUAAUUUUCUCAUUAAAGCCAGAAGGGAGAGCUGCACUUCACACGGGGCAGGCUGCUCGCCGUGCCCACGCAUUUCGCAGCCGCCCGGCUCCGGGCUUGUCUGUGCAGAAUCACUGCUGUUGCACCAGCGUCGCUUUGAGCUGCCCGCACGCAGCCCUCUCCUCCUGCCAGCUGCUUGCAAAAGCGCACGGCCGGAGAGCGGUCACGAGGCCGUGGGGUUGGGAUCACCCGGGGGGAGCGGGCACGCGGUGCCAGCAGUGCACAGUGCUGUGUCCUCGUGCAGCUGGGUGGGCUCUGGCCCCAGCUUUGGGCAGCAGAUGCUUGAACCUUCGUCGCCUUGCUGCCCCUGGGGAGGUCAGGAUGGGGCUGUACCCUCGUGUCUGCGGGCUCUGGGACCCCCGCACCCUGGGACAUAUCUCCUGAAGCACCAGAGCUGUGCUCAGGACACGCAGAAAUUGCUGUGGGCCCAACUUGGUGUUGCCAGUUCAUGAGCUGGGAUGGCUGCAGCAGCUGUGCCGAUAGCUGGACCCGGAGAGCAGAGCGGGGCUGGGGGGGCUGUAGCCCCUGUGCCUGCGCUCCCACCCGCAGCACCCACCUCGAUCCGGGGCUGGGAGGGCCGCUGGGCGCUCCUGGGAGGCCACUCCUCUCUGCCUGUGCCAUUGGCUCCGGCAGAGCCGGCUGCGAGCUGGGCUCCCGUAGCGAUGGGAGCGGGCGGCCGGGAGCCCUGUGCUGCGGGCCCCCCCGGCAGCCCCCUCAGCACCGCCAUGUAGGGCCGCGGCAUCCUCCGCCCGGAGGCGGUGGAGGGUGAGGUCGGAGCCAUGGGCAACGCGUACCGCAAGAGGAGUCCCGCGGGCUCCCCCUGGCCAUGGGGUCGGGCUGGGAAGCCGAGGGCAGGUGCUGCCAAGACCGAGAACGACAAGCGGCUGAGCGUGCAGUACAAGCCGGGUGAAGAAUGCCCCGACAACGUCUUCUUCCCCAGCACGCGGCCCCCGCACCUGGAGGAGCUGCACAACCAGGCCCGCGAGGGGCUCAAAUCCCUGCAGCACCAAGAGAAGCAGAAGCAGACCAAAAGUGCCUGGGACCACGGGGACACCAACAGCCUCCAGUCCUGCGCGUUGUCGGAGGAUGACAGCGUGUCCUUACGGAGCCGGGCGGCUUCCUGUGUCACCGACAGCGCCUCUGAGGACGCCCUCUCCAUCCGCUCCGAGAUGAUCCAGCGGAAAGGUUCCACCUUCCGACCACAUGACUCUUUCUCCAAAUCUUCGGAGAAGACCGGCAGGAAGAGGAAGGAGAGAAGGACAACGGUGCUGGGCAUCCCCCAGCACGUCCAGAAGGAGCUGGGUCUCAGGAAUGGCCAGGAGAGCAGGGGACGUCCUGCAGAUGGGCACGUGGGCAGCCGGGCACCGCAGCCCCUGCUGAACGGUGUCCAGGUCUCCGGCGACGCCAUCCGCAUCCCCACCAUCGACGGGAACCUGCCAGCACUGGAUGUCCCCAGGGGUGCCCGUGUGCGCCUGGGAGCCUUGGAGGAGACAGACACGGCCCUGCAGAAGCACAUUGACCGGGUUUACUACGACGACACGUUGCUGGGGAGGAAGACAUUGGCCAAGCUGUCGCCCAUGGUGAGGCCGAAGUCGCUGGCCGUCCCAGGCAUGACCACCAGCGCCAACCCCCCGGAGCUGCUGAGCCCCGUCAUGUCCAUCUCACCCCAGGGCACCUACAUGUCCAAGAUCAUCCCCAACGCCAUCCUGCCGCCUAUGGUGGACGUGGUGGCCCUGACGCGGAGCAGUGUGCGGACACUGAGCCGCUGCAGCCUGGUGUCAUCCAGCCCGGCCUCGGUGCGCUCUCUCACUCGCUUCUCGGAGCACAGCACCCGCAGCCGCGAGCCCUCCUCCUCCAGCGACAACUGGAGCCACUCGCAGUCCACCGAGACCAUUGUCUCCAACAGCUCCACCAUCUCCUCGCAGGGCGGCUCUGACCGCCGGCAGGCUGAGGCUGGGCUGUGCAGCGAAGCCGACACCGCACGACGCUCCGACACCGAUCAGAUCAGCGUGUACAGCUCCGCCAGCUUUGCCAGCACCUGCUCGAAGCCUGCCACAGCCACGGUGCACACUGCACACGGGCUGCUGGCCGUGGGGCCCCGCAGCAUGGGAGGCAGCAGCGGCCGCACGUCCCCCGCCUUCAGCACCAGCAGCCAGGCAGAGGGCUCGGACACAGGCAGCCUGGCAAGUGAGCGCUCCUCGGCACGCAGCGUCUCCCUCAGGAAGAUGAAGAAGCCCCCGGCACCCCCUCGCAGGACCUUCUCGCUGCAUCAAAAGGCAGAGGGGGAGCACAAGGUUGUGGGGCUGCCCCCCAAGCCCGACCGGCGGCCGCAGCAGGCGAGCGAUGUGCCCUGGUCCCCGCACCCUGAGCCCUUCAGCCCGACGGUUGAGGAUGAGGUCUUCUCCUCGUCACUGAGCGAGACCAGCAGCGUCCGCUCUGAGAGCCUGGCCGGGACCAACUCCCCCAAGACCUCGCGGGGCAGCCCUGGUGAGCGGGGCAUAACGGUGGUGCUGAGGGAAUCCUCAGCUCAGCCCAAGUGGAGCUGCCCAGAUGGCUCUGAUCGCACUAUGUCACCCUCCAGCGGAUACUCCAGCCAGAGCGGGACGCCCACGCUGCCCUCCAAGGGGCUGGGACCCCCGGCCACAUCCCCAGGCAGGGCCCAGCUCCAGAAGCCGGACCGGGUCUGCUCCUUACAGUCCCCCGCGCUGUCCGUCUCCUCCUCCCUCACCUCUAUCUCCUCCUCGGCCUCAGACCCGGUGCCCUCUGAGACGCCGCACUGCGUGCAGAGCCGCUCGGAUAGGUUCGUCAUCCCGCCACACCCCAAGGUGCCCGCUCCCUUCUCCCCACCACCCACCAAACCCCAGGCAGCAGCCCCUGCUGCCCCCGCCGGCCCCCUCACCCCUUCACCAGACCCAUUGGUGCCCAGCACCGCUGGGCAGGAGCCCUCCACCAAACCCAGCACCAAGUCACCACCGCCAUCGCCACCGCCCGCCUACCACCCGCCUCCUCCACCGGCCAAGAAGGCAGAGGUGAGCCCCGAGGCUGCCUGUGAAGCCCACACGGAGGCUACCUGGCCCCCACCGCCCCCCCCAGCCCCGGAGGAGCACGACCUGUCCAUGGCAGACUUCCCCCCUCCGGAUGAAGCCUGUUUCUCCAACCUGCCCCCGCCUGAUGCUGUGCUGACCCCAGCAGCCGGGGAGAACCACACGCCAAGCACAGUGGCCGCAUCUUCCUCCUCGACCACCAUCUCCUCGCGCAUCCAGCAGCAGGGCUCACCGCCAUCCCCCACCACGCCACUUCCCGGAGCCACCGUGCCACCGCCUGGGGCCACUGUACCCCCACCGCCACCUCUUCCCCCGCCAUCAGCUCCUGCUUUACCACCCCAAAUCUGCCUUAAGAAGGCAGCGAACGGCUCCCGGGCAGACACCAAGAAGGAGCCAGCAUCACGCAGCAAGAGCGGCCCGGUGCCCAAGGAGGACGCCAGCCUGCCCAUCGUCACGCCCUCGCUGCUGCAGAUGGUGCGGCUGCGCUCCGUCAGCGUGGAGCCGCCUGCUGUGACCGAGGAGCGCCCGGUGCCGCAGAAGCCCGUCCGCCGGGCCCUGUCCACCCGGCAGCCCAAUUCUGCCAAAGAUGCGGUGCCUUCAAACCCGCUCCACGCCGCUGUGCACCUCAAGGCCUCCGCUGCGUCCUCUGGUGAGGCCUCCGGGCUGGCCACAAAACCCCUGGGCAGCAAAGCGGCUCCUCCUGGCCUGGAGGUGCCUGCCAGCGAUGGGCAGCUGCCCCCCAGGCACAAGUCCCCCACCUCCACCGCCAGCUUCAUCUUCGCCAAGAGCGCCAAGAAGCUGGUGAUCGAGACGCCCUCAUCCCCUGAGGCACAGGCUGACCUGAAGAGGAACUUGGUCACCGAGCUGAUGAAUUUCUCCGGGCAGCGCUCAGCAGCCCCGGCUGCAGCCCAGCAGGGCCCAGGCAAGACACAAGUGCACCGAAAGCCCGGCAAGGUGCCCCCUCCUGUAGCCAAGAAGCCUUCGCUCGGCCUGGGGCCGUCUCCAUCACCCCUGAGCCCAAAGGCACCGGAGGCGCUGGGCUCCCCCACGCCAGAGGGGAAGGCCAAGGCAGUGGCGGUACAGGAGGAGAGCAGGAUGGGCAGCGAGCCGGCGGGGACGGCUGAGGGAAGGAGCGCUGCGGUUGCGGAGCCACCAGCACAAGACAGACAGGGAGAGACGGCCUGAAGGACGGAGCUGCAGGACUGGUGCCCCCACGGACAGGAAUCCAAAUCUCUCAGGGACCUGGGCAGGUCAACAGAUGAGUGUGGAACUGGCAACUAACUUAACACAGGAAGCAAACAGCCUUAGCCUCCAUGGCCUUGAUGAUAUUUAUGCAAAAAUGGUGUUGGUUUCACUUUCCUAAGUACUACAGCUUUAUUUUGCAUUAUUUUUUUGUUACUGGACUCGAGGCCUGUACCCAGAGCCAGCGCUCCUCCCUGCUGGGCUGCCGCGUGGCUUGCGCGUGUGGAGCAGAGCAGCUGCGCAGAGAGGAGGGCGAGGGGCCGCAGCCGCGCAGGCGAGGACGCAGGAAGAGGAUGGCCCUGCCCGAGCACGGAGCUGGAGCCACUCUGCUCUCAGCCAGCGAGGAAUCAAAGCACUUUGGACAAAGGAACUGGAAGGCUUCGGCCACGGCCACCCCUGGGAGGACUUGGGCAGCAGAAGCAGCGUGAGGCAGAGCCCUGGAUGGAGUGGAACGGGGCUGCAGCCCUGGAGAAAAGCAAGAGGGGGCUCUUGGCCAGCACCGCUCCCUGCCCGCAGCUCGUCCUGCUGCUGGGCACAGCCAGCUGGGAGCCAUGCGGCUGCAGCGGGAGCCCUGCGAGCUGGCAUUCAGGCCCCGGGCUCUGGGGUAGAGCCUUGAUUUCUGUUUCUGUAAACUUUGGUCAUAUUUUGAUUUCUUUGAUUGUAAGAAAAAAAGACAAAAAAAAACAAAACAAAAAAAAACCAAACCAAAACCAAACAACCCUCUGCCGCCAAGUAGCCCCUCAGAGCUCUGUACCUGGCUGGUAAAGAUGAUGACCGAA